AUGAGUACCUCGAAUGGAAAACCAACAUCUGCGAGUGAACCCCAGUGCGUUGAAGAUGUUCAGGGAGACAGACGUUGGUUAAGUUUGCAUGAAAGGUUCAUCAGUGAAGCAGCAGAAAAGGAACCAGAAGUUUUGUUUCUUGGAGAUUCCUUAUUUCAACAACUUGGUCAAACUGAAGUUUGGAGCAAAAUGUUUGAACCUCUUCAUAGUCUCAAUUUUAGUAUUGGGGGAGACCAGACACAGAACCUCUUAUGGAGAAUAAGUAAUGGAGAACUGGACAAAAUGGAAUUGAAGAUUAUUGUCGUCUUAAUUGGAACCAACAAUUAUGCUCACACUGCUGAAGAAAUUGCUGAAGGAAUUGAAGAAAUUGCACACAUCAUCUCUCAGAAACAACCACAAGCCCAGAUAAUUGUCAUGGGCAUCCCUCCUCGUGGACGACAGCCAAACCCCUUGCGAGACAAACUCAGCCGAGUGAAUGAACACCUGGAUGAAACAAUUCCCAAAAUCCCCAAUUGCAGUUUCCUGCAAGUGGACAACAGCUUGUUUGUCCAUCCGACCACUGGCCUAAUCAACCACCAUGACAUAUUUGACUGCAUAAGAGUUGCAAAAGAAGAAAUAAUAUGA